GAUUGGUUGACGUAGUCUAAAGCGGCCUUCCCCUUUACUUCGAGCUUUCGUUGCGUUUUGCCGGUUGCAUCAGCUGCUCAUUACCGGUGAGUUUCCUGAAGACAACAAACGAGAGAAGCGGAGGUCAUGAGCGACGGCAUGGCGGAGAAGCUGGGAGAGAUGAGCCUAAGCAAGCAGAAUGCGAAGACAAAUGCCGAAGGAGGAAAACCCAAAGACGGUGGAAAGAAGAAGAGCAAAGACGGAUCUGCGAAUGGAAGCCGGGCAGAGUUGAAUCCUUGGCCGGAAUACAUCAACGAGAGGCUUGAGCUCUACAAUAAGCUGAAAGCCGAGCAUGAUGCCCUCCUAGCGGAGAGAGCUGCGAAGGAAAGCAAAGCCAUCAAAGUGACGUUGCCUGAUGGCAAACAAAUUGAUGCGGAAUCUUGGAAGACCACCCCGUAUCAGAUUGCUGCUGGAAUCAGCCAAGGUCUUGCUGACAAUACGGUUGUCGCGAAAGUGAACAAUGUCGUUUGGGAUCUUGAUCGCCCGCUGGAGGACAACUGUACUCUGCAGCUGCUGAAGUUUGAUGAUGAAGAAGCCCAAGCGGUAUACUGGCAUUCCAGCGCACACAUUAUGGGUGAAGCCAUGGAGAGGGUAUACGGUGGAUGCUUAUGCUAUGGUCCCCCUAUCGAGAAUGGUUUUUAUUAUGACAUGUAUCUUGAAGACGGUGGGGUGUCCAGCAAUGACUUCACCGGCCUGGAAAACCUCUGCAAGAAGAUUAUGAAGGAGAAACAACAAUUCGAGAGGCUGGAAGUCAGUAAAGAAACUCUGCUCGAGAUGUUUAAGUAUAACAAGUUCAAGUGUCGGAUCUUAAACGAGAAGGUGGACACCCCAACCACUACAGUAUACAGGUGUGGCCCUUUAAUCGAUCUGUGCAGAGGACCUCACGUGAGACAUACUGGCAAGAUUAAGGCUUUGAAGAUUCACAAGAACUCCUCCACGUACUGGGAAGGUAAGGCAGAUAUGGAAACCCUUCAGAGAGUUUACGGAAUCUCCUUCCCUGAUACGAAAAUGCUGAAAGACUGGGAAAAAUUCCAAGAAGAAGCCAAAAACCGAGACCACAGGAAGAUAGGAAGAGAACAGGAGCUGUUCUUCUUUCAUGAGCUGAGCCCUGGAAGCUGCUUCUUCCUUCCCAAAGGAGCGUAUAUUUAUAAUCAGCUGGUUGACUUCAUCAGACAAGAGUACAGGAAGCGGGGUUUUCAGGAGGUAGUCACCCCAAAUGUCUACAAUAGCAAACUGUGGCAGACGUCUGGACACUGGCAGCACUACAGUGAAAACAUGUUCUCUUUUGAAGUUGAGAAGGAGAUCUUUGCUCUGAAGCCCAUGAACUGCCCCGGACACUGUCUGAUGUUUGACAACCGGCCUCGCUCUUGGAGAGAACUGCCCCUGCGAAUGGCCGAUUUUGGGGUUCUUCAUCGUAACGAGCUAUCGGGGGCCCUGACUGGGUUAACCAGAGUGAGACGCUUCCAGCAGGAUGACGCUCACAUAUUCUGCGCCAUGGAACAGAUUGAAGAAGAGAUCAAGAGUUGCUUGGAUUUCCUGCGCUCGGUUUACAAUGUCUUUGGUUUUACUUUUAAACUAAAUCUGUCCACGCGUCCUGAGAAGUUCCUUGGUGACAUUGAAGUGUGGAAUCAAGCUGAGAAGCAACUUGAAAACAGUUUGAAUGAAUUUGGAGAGAAAUGGGUAUUAAAUCCAGGCGAUGGAGCGUUCUACGGACCAAAGAUCGAUAUCCAGAUUAAGGAUGCAAUUGGGAGAUAUCACCAGUGCGCUACCAUUCAACUGGACUUCCAGCUUCCCAUUCGUUUCAACCUCACCUACGUGAGCCCUGACGGUGAUGACAAGAAAAGGCCGGUUAUCAUUCACCGUGCGAUACUGGGAUCGGUGGAACGGAUGAUUGCUAUUCUUGUUGAGAACUACGGAGGGAAAUGGCCUCUCUGGCUUUCUCCGCAGCAAGUCAUGGUUGUACCCGUGGGGCCUACAUGUGACGAAUACGCCCAAAAGGUUAGGGAGCAGUUCCACCACGCUGGCCUCAUGGCUGAUGUUGAUGUGGAUGCAGGCUGCACUCUCAAUAAGAAGAUCAGAAAUGCGCAACUUGCUCAGUACAAUUUUAUUCUUGUGAUCGGGGAGAAGGAGAAAGCCAGCGGAACAGUAAAUAUCCGUACCCGAGAUAACAAAGUCCACGGCGAACGCACGGUUGAAGAAACCAUCGCAAGACUCCUUCAGCUCAAAGAGUCACGGUCCAAAAAUUCAGAGGAGGAAUUUUAAUGGUUUCGUUAUCUUCUCUCCUCUGUUUAAACCAUGUGUGGGUGACCAUAGGAAUUUUAAGCCACGCGGGUGGAAAUUUUGAAGAACUGGUGAAUGAGCCAAAAAAACAAAACGUUUUUAUGUCCAAUGCUUUAUUACUGAAAUACUUUUCUCAGGGGACACAAAAAAAAAUUAGUUUGAAGAGAUUGUUAGUGGCCAAUCCAAGUAACUGUUUUAUGUAAUUGGCCAACUGUCUGUCUUUUUAUGUAUAUUUCAUAUUUUUUUUUCUCAAAUUAGUCCUGGUGGUUAAUGCGUUCUUGUUAUUUUCAAUAGCCGUUCAGCUGAUGACCACAAUCUAGUCCACUUUAAUAAUACAAUAAAUUGUAAGCAAUGCGAACAAGGCUCCUCUCCUGUUACAUAGAUUAGAACAAACUAUUCAGUAGAAAUGUCAAGGCUCUAAAAAAAAAUAAUAAAGAAUUGUGGCUUUA